AUGGCACCACUAUGCGGCAGAAACAGUCACAACCCAGGAGAUAGGCUUCCCGAAAAACAUCUCCAAGCUGCUCCCAGGCCAGGAGAAGUCCAUGGUCACUUUGGGGACGCGGACCAUAACUAUUACGGCCAGCGGUUUGCUGUUGCAAACACCAUUAGCCAAUCCCCUUUUCCGAACAUCGGAUUCGACUCGGAAGAUGCCACUGCACGUGAUCUACACUCUUGCGUACAGACAGCGCAUUUAUCGGCUAGCGGAGGCAAUGGUCUUUUUCAUGAUACUGGGAACUACAUGGCCGUCACGAACCCAGGCCCCCAGAGCCCUGGGCAGAGAAAUGGAGUUUCCCGUGACCAUUUGAUUCACCGCAGGUCCUUCUCAAUCGAAGAGCCAACACUCGCCUCCAUGACAUCAGUUGGACUGUCAGAGUCCAGACAUAGCAGCGCACCUCCACACAUGCCAGGCCAGCAUUACGGACCGUUCCUUGGCCGCUUUCGAACCUCGGAGGAAGCAAAGGGUUAUCGCCGUGACCGAAUGAGAUUUGGCAGGAGACCAUGGAGAGAUCCUGAAAGCGACCCAACCAUCGCCGAGACUGAGAAUAGCCGGGAUUACCACGUGGAGCGUAUCUACAACGCCAUGAUCUCUGGAGAAUUCGCCAGAGACAAUGCAAAAUCUACUGCGCUGAAGAGAUGGGUCCACGAACCGCAUUACCAGGCCGAUCUUGUGGAAGCAUACGCUCAUAAGGUUUUCGACUGCUUGCUCGAGCAGGUCAAGCACGGGUUUCGUGGCUGGCAUCAGAACGACUACGUCAAUGACGAGCGAAAGGGCGAAGACGACGACAAGGACAUUGACUGCGCAGGUCGCUUAGACAACAUCGUGGCAGCGCUCCAGCAGGAAAAGUCGAUAUGCGAGAACGUCAUGAGCUCCGCCUGGCAGAUACGCAUGUUCGUCAACGCACCCAAGGCAUAUGCUAAGCGCAAGGACCAGAAUCGUGUUGGAAAUAGCAAGCGGCCAAAUGCGAAAAGUACCGACGUUGCAGACGACAGCUCACGGGCGCUGAAAAGAGCAAGGAACACAGUUGCUACACGACCCAGACAGCUUCCACCAUCAAGAGGUCCGGCUCUUCAGCAACAGUAUCAGCAGGCGCAAUCACCAUACUUUACACCCUCGGUGAUGCACUCGACAACAAUGAGCCCUUCACAGCGAUUCCUGCCACUGCAAGCCCCUUUGUCGCACUUCUCCCCUCCUUCACACGGGCCUUCACCAAGCCACGAGACAAGUCUCGUCCCACAGUCAGCAACCCCAUUGACCAGGCGACCGCCUCCAACACCAGGACGACAGGAAACCCAGCGCAUGACGUCGAUGCCACCCAUGCCUCCUGACAACGUCUUUGCCUCGCCCCUAGCCAAGGAAGCAAAACCCGUACCACCCCCCUCGACCUUCAAAGACUGGCAAACUGCAACGCACGCGUACCUUGCGCCCAGCGCAUCUCAACAGCUCGACACGCUUGACGUGGCUGCCACGGCAAACGAGCAGCAGCAGCAGCAGCAAGACAUGCACACGCCGUUUUCGGGUUGCCAUGAGACCCCCGCUUAUGCCAGCAUGUUCGAGCCGCCACACUCGGAAAUGGGCGUGUCUCUUGCUGAUAUGGAGUUUGUUUCGUUGCAGCCUCCGAUGGACGAUGAUUUCCGCGACCAAGCUUUUCACGGGUAUUGGCACUGA